AUGUUUAACGAUAUAGGAACUAUUGAAAGUGCUGAAAAAUAUGAGACUCAAUCAAGUACCUGCUUCAAAAAAAUUGAUAUUCACCAUGUUUGGAACAUCGGUAGUUUUAGUACGCAGCUGAAACUGCAUAAACCAGGAAAAUCCCUGAACAGUGUGCGCUUUGGUAACGAGGAGUAUGAAUUUGAAAUGAUGUUGUAUCCUUGUGGUACAACAUCAGCUGCAUCCGACCAUGUAGGUGUGCAUCUGUAUACACGAAAAUGCCCCGGCGACUCUUUGAUUAUAUCCACUCAGUACCGGAUCAUACCUGGUGUGGGCUCUUUAACCUGUGCCAUCCAGAAUAGCAUUAUGACUAUUGAUAAAUCGUCCAUUCUUUCUGCCAGCAGAUUAGUUUCUCAUAAAGACAUACAGAAUUCAACUGAACUCUUGCUGCCAAACGAUGUGCUGACGUUGAAAGCAGAAAUAAGUGUUUAUAAAAUAACAUCGAAUUAUAAUGUAAAGGUCAAUAAUGCACGAGGCGCUAGCGAAGCACGAAGAGCCUGUUUUGGAGAAUUAUAUGAAACUGGCAAAUUCUCUGACUUCACAAUUCGCACUGACCAACAAUCGUUCAAAGUUCAUCGCCUGAUUCUUGAUACUCAAUCGGAGUUCUUCAAUGGAUAUUUCCGUAAUGAUCCUUUAUCAAACGAAAUUGCGUUAGAUAUGGAUAAUAACAUCAUGAACCUCAUUUUAAAAUUCAUGUAUUCUGAAGAAAUGGAACUUGAAGAUAUAAGUCCUGAAUUAUUUUAUGCUGCAGACAGAUUGCUCAUGCAUUCUUUGAUAGAUCUUUGUGCUAUCAAUGUGAGGAAUAUAAUUAAUCUUGAGAAUUUCUUCGACUAUUUGAGACUCGGGUAUGAUAUAGAAAAUAAGCUUGUUCGCGAUGCAGCUGCAUCAUUCUUCAUAAAAAAUGCACAUGAUGUCAAAAACAACAGCAAUUGGUCAGAGUUUAUGAAAACUACCCCUCAAGCUAUUGCAGACUUAUGCGAUUUAACCAUGGAUAAAGCAAAUAAAGUUUUAAGAAGUUAA